AUUAUAUCUUCGAUUAAGACCAUUACGUGUGUAAAAAUUGUGCCGCAAAGAUGCCAUUACAGUACGGAAGACAAUUACAUGUCGCCACAUACCCCACGCGCACCUCCCACAAUCAGUGCCAUCUCUUAUCUCUCCAAAGUAAGGUUAAGUCCCCCAGUGUCAUGUUCCACUUCGCCAAACCCCACCCUGCGCACCCUUUCACCCGAAAAAUGUCAAUCCAACCCCUGAAAGAAAUCUUCCUCAAGUCCGUCGAGUCCGUGCAACCGCACCACCUCAUCCCCAGCCAAGUCCACGUAACCAACAGCCACCUAUCGAUCCAAAACCGAAGCUACCCUCUCCACAAACCCUGCUAUCUAGUGGGCUUCGGCAAAGCCGUCCUCGGGAUGUCCCUCGAACUCGAAAAGCUCCUCAAGGACAAACUCAACACGGGCUUAGUGACCGUCCCCUCCGGAAUCCUCUCGAAGUUCAAAGUCGAGUCGAGAAUUAAGUUUAUCGAGGGCGCGCCCAACAACAUCCCUGACGAGGCGGCCCUUCGAGGCGCCCUCGAGAUUAAGACUCUGGCGGAGGGUUUGGGGGCGGACGAUUUGCUGGUGGUGGUGAUGUCCGGCGGAGGGUCGGCGCUGCUGCCGCUGCCUAAGCCCCCGAUUACGUUACAAGAGAAGCAGGAUUUGAUUAAGGCAUUAUCGACUAAGGGUGCGGACAUAUUAGAACUUAAUUGUGUCCGUAAGCAAAUAUCGGUGCUAAAAGGGGGUGGAUUAGCAGAGUUGGCUUAUCCUGCGAGGGUUGUCACUUUGGUGCUGUCGGACGUGGUGGGGGACCCGUUGGGGUUUAUCGCCAGCGGACCGACGUAUCCCACUUCUGAUGAUGAGGAUGCAGCCGCCAUCUUGGAUAAAUAUGGCUGCCACGAUUUACCCGACUCCAUUAAAACGGUUCUAACCCAGAAAAAGACAAAACAAGAAACUAUAAUUCACAAUGGUCGAUACGACCACGUGGACACGUUCAUCAUCGGGAAUAAUGUAAUCGCGGCGGAGGCGGCGUGCCGCCACGCCGCCUCCCUAGGUUUCCAAACCGCCGUAUUAUCAACCUCGGUGGCGGGCAGCACCCACCAACUAAGCCAAACUUACGCCGAUUUAGCCGCCGCCAUCGCCGAUCCAUCCGACAAACAACCCCUUAAAAAUUUUCUACAAAAGUGUGACCUUCCGAUUUGCCCCGACUUCGCGGACGCCGCCUCCGGCUGGGACUUGGGGGCAGAAGUGUGCGUAAUUGCCGCCGGCGAGCCGACGGUUGUGGUCAAUGGCGGCGGCAGAGGAGGACGCAACCAGCAAUUAGCUUUAGAGCUUUCGGUUCGACUUAAUAAGCUUAACAUAAAAUCGGCUGAUAUUUCAUUUCUCAGCGGUGGAACAGAUGGAAUAGACGGCCCAACUGACGCCGCCGGGGCAAUCGGAACUUCAGAUUUAGUUAAUAAUGGCCUCGAGGAGAAUAUUAAAGCCGAGGAUUAUUUAAACAACAACGAUUCGUAUGGUUUUUAUUCGAGGCUACGGGGAGGCGAGUUCUUGAUUAAGAUCGGACACACGGGCACCAAUGUCAUGGAUGUACACGUUAUGCUCGUAAAGCCAAGGAGGGCGCGUGAAUGCUAAGCGGGAGCGGCGAUUUGUGGGGCGGCGUGGCGGCGGAAUGGUAUUAAUUGCGAAAUUCAGAAGUGUGUGGAGGAACUCAUUUUUUGUCUGAAAAUUUAUUUUUAAAUAUGGUUAUUAUUAAUUAAGGAAAAUAUAUUUUUCACCCUUUUUGAAAUAGA